AAAAAUGUCAGAUACUCGCCCUGCGUCUAUCCCUGACCUCUCAGCUCAUGCUCAACAGAUCAUGCAGCAAUUCUUCAAAUACCAUCACUUGGUAAACUGUGCCUCUUGUGCUGAACUUGGCACACUUGGCUACAUUGCUAACAAUGUAUCGACACCUGCACUCCCUGUGUUUCAAUGCGCAAAGUGCAAAAAUCAUACCUCUUUUUCAGCUGUUGAAAAGGAGAUUCAACAAGCCAUUGAUGCCUCUACACGUGGUGCCACAGCAUCAAUCAGCAAAAUCAACACCGCCUCUCACCAGGCCAAAAAGCGAAGCAGAGUCGCAAGUGAUGCCAGCAAUGGCUCACAAAAAGGCACACCAAUUGCCACUCCAGUAAAGAGUGGUCAAAUCAUCAACAGAAACAGCAACAACAACAACAGCAACAACACCAUUCACAGUGCAAUUAACGACAAGGAAAUUGCACUUUU